AACUUUUAGAAAGGAUUCGGUAUAAACUCAUCACCUGCAUGUCGGCACUGCUGAAUAUUUCCUCACCGAUGCUAUGGUUACCUUUAUUACGAUCUUACAGGUGAAUCUAGUGAUGUCCAUCCUGCUGUACGUGAUGUUCAUCGCGUACCUCUAUGGCAUCUCGGCAUCGACAAUGAAGAAGCAGCGGCCAACACAGGAUCCUAUUAACAAUCUGAUCAUAAAGCUCCUGCAGGCUGACAUAACCCGCAGCCGACAGAAGCAGGAUGAGGGUGUCCCAGAUUCACUUCAAUCCAGCACCUCAAACACACCUCCAGGGAUGGACUACAAGGACAGCUUUAGCUCAAGCAUUUACCAGCCUGUGACGGACAUCUCCGCAGAACUCCUGCGCCAGCAUAAGAGAUACAACUCGCCACGGGUGCUGCUGAGCGACCGGCCUCCUCUGCAGCCACCUCCGCUCUACCUCAUGGAUGACUUUGUCAGUAUCCAGGAUGCAAGUGGGACCAAUAAGACCCGGCAGAAGCGCUACGUUGAACACAAGAGCUACAGAGGGGAGCACUCGGUUUGUGAUAGCGAGAGCCUGUGGGUGAAUGAUCGGACCACGGCUGUGGACAUGCUUGGACGGCAGGUCACGGUUAUGCGGUCAUUUAAUACGAUCAAGCAAUUCUUUUACGAGACAAAAUGUAGAACAGCCAAGCCCUAUAAGAGCGGCUGCAGGGGGAUUGAUGGCAAACACUGGAACUCGCAGUGCAAAACUACGCAAUCUUUUGUGCGCGCCCUCACUCAGCAUGAAUCUUUAGUGGGUUGGCGCUGGAUACGUAUAGACAGUUCGUGUGUCUGCGCGCUCUCCCGCAAACCCCACAGGACGUGAAAAAUCAUAAACGUGCAAACCAGACACGAACACACGUGCAGUAUAUUGCGCCAAGACACCACUAUUUUAAAAUUUGUCCCUGGGGGCUGUAAAUAUAUAAAUAUAAAUUAUUUAAGUUAUAUGGAUUACAUUUAGUUUAUACAUGUCUAUAUAUGAUGUAUACAAAUAUUUAUUUAAGUCAUUUGCAAAGGUUAAUCUUUAAAAAAGAGAGACAGAGACUUUUAUAAUCAUGCAAUGCACCCUGAGCUACAGGAGCACUGCAUGAAUCGAUGUGCCUUGCUCAAAUAUCAGUCGGAGGACACAUAACCUGGACCUUGGGAACAGUUGCAAUGGAAAACAAAACCCUCAAUAUCAUGCUAACUUCAGUAUUGUUCAUGAAAACCAGUUUUUCUACUGAUACUUGCUGCCAGUAUAACUUCAUGUCUGGGAAAACAACUGACAGCCUAGACAUUGUUGUAUUUUUAUGGAAAUAUGUAAACACAUUAUAUAUGUAUCAAAACUGCAUGAAAUACCUGAGAAAUAUAUAUUUUUCUAUCACUGAUAUUGUACACUAUGAAAACGUGAUGUUAGCGAUGUGCACAUGACAAGACAAAAAUGAAAUUUACACAAACCACUGCAUCACUGGAAUAUCAGUCACUAUAUAUAGCGCACUAUACAAUGACAAUAAGGAGCUCAUUAUAGGCCAAAAACUAGUGUAAAAUAUAUAGUUCAGUGUUUCACAAAUUAAGCUCUUGUGAGUCUGGGCAGUACUUUGUUAUACACAGAUAGUAUACUGUCUUUGUAAAAGUUUGUAGUAGUCUAGUGUUGACUUAAUAGUUCACAAUUCACUCAUCUUAGGCUGUUUAAACAAUUUACAGCAUGUCCAUCGUCGCCUUUACAGUGUUUGACAUGUGCUAACAUAUCAUCAAUGAUGUGAAUAAGUCAAAUUAUGGUCUAUAAAUACAAAGCAGGGAAGAGAGGAAACAAUGCCCAGAAUUACCACAUAAAGGUCUUGUGGCUGAACAAUUGUGCUGCUUAGUAGCCUAAAAGAAAAUACAAAUAAAGACUCCUCCCUCUUUCAAUACCCAAAAGCUCCACCCACCAGAGACCAAACUGACCACCACACCCACCAGCUAUACGAUUUCUGCUCAUUCCAGUCAGACCAGCCUCUUUUCAGUCUUAUAACUUAAACCAAAAUAAGAUCAACAUGUAAACAAAAGGAGUACAAAAGGGCCACUGCUAAUGGCACAAUAGUCUUACGUACUGUAAAGGUAAAUCUGGCUUAAGAUUAUGAGCAUACAUGCAGAUCUGGGAAUUGAAGAAGUAAUCUCCCCCUUAAGAGGGUUUCCCUUGUGUCAGACUCAUCUUAGGAUAUAAUCAUUUUACCAUUAGACUGCAUGUAUAAAAACUUGUCAUUUUUUCUCACAGUUUGUUUAAGACCAAUGCAACAACGUACUAGGACUUCUGUUCAGUUAUUUUAAAAAGCCCUAAGCUGAUUACUUUUUAUUAAACCAUGUGACAUCUUUGUGAUGCCCAACCCAGACCUUUGAUUGGACAAACUGCCUAAGAGUUCCCAUAUAUAAUCCAAAGUUUUUAAUAAAUGGGAUUGGUGAUAUAAUAAUUUACUGAUCUUAUUUAUCUCUCGGCAUAUAAGACUAUAGAGUGAUAUUCUACAAUGAGGUUAAUAUGAUUCAAAACCAUUACUGCAUUAAGUGAAGUGCCAAGCCAGAAUGUUACCCCAUUAUAAAGUUUUAUUAGCAUGCAAUCAUUAACUGUAAUGUGGCUAUCAAAAUAAAUAGUUUAGUGUUGUUUUACUCUUUGACAAAGUCGCAUUUGAAAGUAAAAGUGCUGUUGAACUAAAAGAAAAUAUGAUUGUUUAAAAAAAGCAAAGGUUUUGAACCGUCUUGUGAUUGUUAGCUUUGAUUCAAAGACCCUAAAAGAUAGAGUGUGAAGUUUUGAUUUUUGUGAAUUUGGGUGCGAGCUAAGAUUUGAAAUAGCAACACACCUCUUAAGUUUCUACAUUCCAUUUGGUUUCUUCUAUAAGAAGAAACCAAUUUCUCCGUAGAGAAAUUGGAUUAAAGUCAAAUUCAAAACAUCCCCUGUUAGCAAGGAUAUGGCUGUGAAUGGCCCCAAAGCAUUGCCUUUACCAUUUAACACAUUCUUACACUGGAGUCUCCAAGCUGAGGAUUACAAAACCAUUUUACUCAUUCCUGAAGAUGUUCACUGAAACAUUCCCACUUUUUGGUGUCUUCACAUGUCCUGCUGGUGUCAUGCAUACUUGCUGCUUUAAGUCAUUGUAACCUAACUUAUAAUGGGACAUUGCUUAAACCAGAUGUCAAAUGCUGUCUUUAUGUUAACAAGGAAACUGUGCCAAAAACACAUUAACUCUAUUAAAAGGACUUCAGACAUUAAAAUUCCUCAACGGAAUAUCAAUACGGAAAUUUCCAAUUUUAGUAAUGGAGCAUAGAGUUUGUUUGGCUUUCAUUGUUUAGUGACGUCCUGUAGCAUAUUUUGGCUGCUGUGCCCAUAACACAUUGUUUGUAUUUUUGUUAAGAGAAUGAUUUAUCCGGUAAUGGUCUCUAGAAAUGUCUAUUUUCUUGUUCUGAUACUUGAAUAAGCACUGUUAAUCUGACCUGCAUCAUCUUUUUCUCUUUUCACUGCAAGGGUCUGUGUGAGAAUUGU